UCUUAAUUGAAUCGCAUUAUAGGUAUAAUUAUGUAGAGUAAUGUGAAUACAGCCAGUACCGUAUUAUCUGGUUGCUUAGCUACCGUUACCACCCGGCCACGCGCUCUACAAUAAUCAUAAUGUUUGUAUUUUAUUUUUAUUGCAAGUUUAAUAUCAAAGAAAUGCCGCACCACAGCGUAUCGUGGCAACCACCACUGCAGCGCGGACAAAGAAUAUCGAAAUUAAUGCCUAAAAUAUGUUAUUAUUGAUAUUUAAUCAAAAUUGAGUGUGUGGGUGAUUAGGAGACGAUAGCCGGAAAUGUCUGACAGCGAAGAGAGUGACGGCGAAGGAGGUCUCGGUAAUCUGAGCAGACUGAUCGUCCGGCCUCCGGGGCAAAGCGGCAAAGCCAAGAGGGGCCAAUUGUGCUUCGAUGCGGCUUAUGAGUGCGGCAACCUGGGCCGCGCGGACCACGUGACCGACCUGGAGUACGACCUGUAUGUGCGGCCGGACACCUGCCGCCCCAGGGCCAGGUUCUGGUACAACUUCACUGUGGAGAACGUGAAGCAGGAUCAGAGAGUUAUUUUCAAUAUAGUCAAUUUAGGAAAAGAAAUAACGCUAUACAACAGCGACAUGACGCCUCUAGUUCGUUCUACAUCACGUCAAAAAUGGCAGAGGAUACCGCGGCGUCUGAUCUUCUACCACAAGUCGCUGGCGCACCGCGGCCGCAAGAUCCUCAGCAUCGCGUUUGCCUUUGACCGCGAAGAAGACGUGUACCACUUCACGGCAGCCACGCCCUACUCGUACUCGCGCUGCCAGAAGCACCUGGCUGCAUGGGAGAAGAAGGCGCUGGGCUUCGGUGCCAGGGAGUCGAUCGCGCAAUCAACUCAAAAGCGUCGAGUAGAUCUGGUAACAAUAGGAAACUUUGAUUUAAAAGACAGCGAAUUGAAAGAAGACCAUCCCAAUAUGGUGAAGGGCAAAGCAGUCCAACCUAAGAAGAGGGUCGUGUUCAUUAUUGCAAGGGCACAUGGCGGCGAACCUGCGUCCUCGUUCAUUUGUCAAGGGUUAUUGGACUAUUUAGUGAGCACAUCUGAAAAAGCGGUCGCAUUACGGAACGGCAUAGUAAUCCAGGUGAUUCCCAUGCUGAAUCCCGAUGGUGUGUUCCUGGGCAACCAGCGCUCUGACCUGCUGGGAUCCGACCUCAACCGCUGCUGGAACCGCACCACCACCUUCGCACACCCGGCGCUCAUAGCCAUCAAGGAACAGCUUAACAAACUUAAUAACGAGAAGCGGGUUCAACUGGAUUUCAUCAUCGAUAUCCAUGGAGACAUUAGCCACGAAGGAGUCUUUGUAAGAGGCAACUCUUACGAUGAUGUUUAUAGGUUCGAGCGCCACGCUGUGCUGCCCAAGUUCCUGUCGAGCCGCGUGGAGGCGUGGCGUCCGGAGGCCUGCUUCUACAACGCGGACGCGCAGGCGGCGGGCUCGGCGCGCCGCGCGCUCCCCACCGGCAGCGUCGACGGGUACUCGCUGCUGGCAUCGCUCGGCGGCCGCCGGCUCACGCCGAGAGGACCCUAUAUACACUAUACCGAGGAUGCUUAUGCAAAAAUUGGUAGAUCGGUAGUGAAAGCUUUGUGUGACUACUACCGGCAUAUUGGAGUGAUCCCUCUGCGCGUGGGCAUCACCAGCAAGAAGAAGGAACCUCGCGGGCGCCGUCGCAAGAGACGCCCCGUUAUAGAGAGAGAACGGUCAUGCAGCUCGUCGCCGGAGCGGCGCGCGGUGCGGCCGCGCAUGCUGUCGCCGGCACUGCCGGAGUCUUGGCCGGCGCCGCUGCGCGCACUGCCGCCGCGUGUGUCUCGCCUCGCGGGACUACGCGCGCGUCCGCAUACUGUUCCCGAUAUCGAAACCUUCCUUCCGAUCAUCACCGGGACAGCGGUGCGCACUCCUCGCCUAGCAGUGGUGGACAUGAGCGCAUACAUCCGCAGUCCGCCUGGCUACGACAUCAGAGCGCAGAGAUCGAAGCAUCGCCUCGCACGUCCCCCGCGUCCUUCUCACCCGCGCUAUACCAGUGAUGAAUACGACACGCACGAAUCCGACUCAUGAAGCGCAUGCACCAUUAUCAUCAGGGGGACAGAGGUGUCGAGUCCUCGCCUGGCUGUGGUGGAUAUCAUAGCCCAGAGAACGCAGCACCGCCUCGCACGCCACCGGCGCCCCUCUCACCCGCGCUAUACCAGUGAUAAAUAUGACACGCACGAAUCAGACUCAUGAAGCGCAUGCACCAUCAUCAUCAAAGGGACAGGAGUGUGGAGUCCUCGCCUGGCGAUGGUGGAUCUCAGAGCCCAGAGAUCGCAGCACCGCCUCGUACGACACCCGCGCCAUACCAGUCAUGAAUAUGACAUGCACGAAUCAGAUUCAUGAAGCGCAUGCACCAUCAUCAUCAAAGGGACAGUAGUGUGGAGUCCUCGCCUGGCGGUGGUGAAUAUCAAAGCCCAGAGAUCGAAGCAGCGCCUUCACCCACCCCUCUCACCCGCCCUAUAACAGCGAUAAAUAUGACAUGCACGAAUCAAAUUCAUGAAGCGCACACACCACCAUCAGCUGGGAGACAGAGGUGUCGUGUCUUCGCCUGGCGGUGCUGAAUAACAGAGCCCAGAGAUCGAAGCAUCGCCUGUUAUGUUUCCAGCAAAAAAGAAUAUGUAAUGAUUUGUUGUCUAUAAUCAAUAAAAAAUACUAGAAACAUG